GUCUUCUUCGGUUUUGGAUCUUGUUUCCUCUGGUGGACCCCUCUCCUUCUCCUCCCCCCUCUUAUCUCCUACAAUUCAAUUUUCUUCCUCGUCUUUGCCUUCAGCCCCUUCCCCCUCUCCUCCUCUUCUCUCUUCCCCUCCGCGCCCCCUCCCCCCCCUUCUCCUCCCCACCCUCUCGAUCGGUCUAUCAACCUCGAAUUCUAAUACACUUACCACGAUGCCCGCUCCUUCGACCACCCUCCUCAUUGAGGGCUCUUUUACCGAGCUCGCCGAUGAGUUCGCCCAGUACAUCGAUGCUCUUCGCAAGCCCGACGCCGCCGCUUCCAGUCUUCAGGCCGACAUCGUCCCACUGUUGGAAGCUCUCCGCCAGCAGGAACAGUCAGGUGCUGAACCCGACCGUAAGCAACGCGAUGAGAUUUUGAAGAAGCUGGUCACCGCCGCUACUGUGUUGAAUGCGGCUCCUGAGAAGGAGAUCAUUUCCGCCUAUAACCUCCUCGUCCACCUUGUCCACCAGGCUUCUGAUCCGGAUAUGUUCCUGUCUCGCAUCUGCUCCUACCUUGCUAAACCUAUCACCGCAUCUCCCCAGUUUGGUCCCUCUCUCGCGAUCUCCAUCUUGUCCACCAUCUUCAACACCCUCGCUCCCGCCGACUCGAGCCGCUACCAUGUUCUCCUGGCCAUCGUUGCCGUCAUCCGCCAGGCCGGUGCCUCCGUCGCAUUCGAUGCCCUCAAGCCCCAGCUGACCUCUCAGCUGCCUGCUUGGCUCGCCGCUUGGGAGCUUGAGGCCGAGGAGGCGCAGCGCCUACAUCUGGCCAUCGCUGAUGCCGCCCAGGCUGCUGGAGAUGCAGAGCUGUCCCAGUCCCAUGUCAUUCAGGCCUUGCAGACCAUCCCUGCCGCACAGGCCGCCAGCCCCGAAGCCCGCGAGUUGGCUGUUCGCGCCCUAACUUCUGCCCUCACUUCCCCGGCCGUCUUCGACUUCACCCCAUUGACCGCCUCCGAUGCCGUUCAAACCCUGCGCGCCAGUGACAGCACCCUCUUUGAGCUGCUCGAGAUCUUUACUGCCGAUACUCUCGACGCCUACGAGGCCCUCGUUGCCGCAACUCCUCUUGCUGGUAUCUCUGGUGGUGUGCUGGCUGAGGCCGGCGAUGCUCUGCAGACCAAGAUGCGUCUGCUUACCCUGGCCUCGCUGGCCGCCGCGACUCCCUCCCGCUCUCUGCCUUACGCUACCAUUGCCAGUGCUCUACGGGUCCCGGACGAGGAUGUAGAGAAGUGGGUCAUUGAUACCAUCCGUGCUGGACUCGUUGAGGGUAAGCUGUCGCAGCUACGCUCUGAGUUCCUCGUUCACCGCGCCACGUACCGCGUCUUUGGCGAGAAGCAGUGGGCUGAGGUACAAGGUCGCUUGAUGGUCUGGCGCCGUAGCUUGGAACGCGUUCUGGGUGUUGUUCGUUCCGAACGUGAGCGCUUCGUGCGUGAGGGGCUGCAGGCGGCCCAGGCAGCCGAGGAGGCUGCUCAGGGCAAGUCCUCUGACAAGGGCAAGUCGAGUGAUCGUCGUCGCCAGCAGGGCAACAACAACAACAACCAAUCCUCGACCCCGGCUGCUCCUCCCGCCAACGUCCCCGUGAAGGCUGUUGCUGAAUAAAUGACGAAAGAACGGAAAUGCGGGGGAGGAUCAAUGAUUGAUGAUGAGACCUACAUACCUUGUUUUUUGUCUUUUGACCUACUA